AUGCAGCAAGCAGACCUUGACUUCGAGUUGCGGGAACAUGAUCGCAGUAAGACCUUCAAGGAAACAGUCAGGAAGUACCGGAGGAAGUAUGGAAGGCACCCUCCGCCUCGGUUCCAAGAGUGGUACAAGUUUGCCAGAAAGCGCCAGGUACACAACGUCGACGACUUCGAUCAGAUAUGGGACGACCUCCGGCCAUUCUGGGCUGUAUCGCCUUAUGUUAUUCGGCACUACGCCGCUCACGCUUCGGACAUUCGCGACCAUGGCACUGCAGUUGUCUCUUUGCGCGACGGACAGGUAUUCCAGGAACUCUGGGGUUGGAGGUCGGAAACCUUCACGAAGAUGCUAAGCCGUAUAGGCCGCUGGCUUCCGGACAUGGACAUACCCAUCAAUAGAAUGGACCAGCCGCGGGUCGUAGUGCCAUGGGAGGAGAUGCAGGACAUGUUGAGAGCUGAAGAGCAGUCUCGUUCGCUUGAGGAAACAGCAGUGACGGAUCGCUUUACGAAGAACAUGUCUGGCUUCUGGGAGCGCAAGCCGCCGCCCCCGGAAGGUUCUUGGCUUUAUCACUGGAACCCAUUCUGGUACCCGGUUGAACAUGUCGAAGACCCAGAUGACCCGGUUCCGGAUUACGGCUGGUUCUGGUAUGCUGGCAGGCAGUACAUGGACCUUGCAGCUAAAGCUUGUCCACCAGAAUCGUAUGCGCGCAAUGUCAACUCCAUGACGCAUCUAAGCGAAGCAGAGGCGAGCUACAAACAUGAGCUUGGCGGGUUUGUAACCAACUUCAACCGGUCCUCAGAUCUUUGCACGGUGGGCCCGCAACUCUCAGGUCUGCAUGGUAUGCUGUUUGCAUCCAGUUCGACGCUUGCCACGCAGAAGCUGGUGCCGCUGUUUGGCGAGUGUAAGCUCAAUGUCAACAAUGAGAUCCUCUUCCCAGCGAACAUGUACUGGAGACAUGAUAAGCGUUACGAGUACGACGACAGUCAAGACAUUAGCUGGGAUGACAAGGAGGACAUGAUGCCCUGGCGUGGUGUCACCAGCGGAGGAACUGCGUUUGAAGACAAGCCUGAGCUGUGGAGGCCGAUGCACCGACAGCGUCUUGUCAUGCUCACGAAUGCAAGCGAACUUGCUGGAAAGACUACCGCUAUACUCACGCUGGUCAAUGGCGAUCAAGGCACUUACCACUCACACAGCUUUGAGCCCGCAGAUUUCGCCAGCAAACACACAGAUGUUGGGUUCUCCGCCAAGAUUGCCUGUAUUCCCAAUUGCGACUUCUACGACGAGACCUUUCGCGUACUGGAACCCACAACGUUUGCUCAGACCUUUGCUUCGAAAUACCUUAUCGACGUAGACGGCCACUCCUUCUCUGGCCGUUGGCGAGCCUUCCUGCAGUCACGCAGCCUGGGCAUCAAGUCCACCAUCUUCCGCGAAUGGCAUGACAGCCGUCUCUGGGCGUGGAGACAUUUCGUUCCGAUGGACAACCGUUUCAAUGAGCUGUACAGCUUACUUACGUACUUCAUUGGCUACCCUUCAGAGUCCACUCCAGCAAUGAGCCAAGCUGGAUUCUCUGUGCCUUCAACGAACCAUGACUUGGAGGUGCCGAGGCAUGAUUAUGAAGCCUACAAGAUCGCAAAGCAAGGCCGUCAAUGGGCGGCCAAAGUGCUCAGGCGUGAGGACAUUGAGAUCUACCUAUUUCGGCUGCUGCUAGAGUAUGGUCGCAUCAUUGACGACAAUCGUGAUAAAAUUGGUUUUGUGGGAGACGGUGGCAAGGAGAUGGAGGAUUUCGACCGGAGAGUACCGGCAGAGGAGUAG